AGAAAAACAACAUUUGGUUCUUCAAGUGGAACUGUCUAGGAAACAGAAAGGCAAGGCACAGGAUAGGAAUAUCGUGUUGGCAAGUGCACCUGAUAAAGGACUUAUACCCAGAACAAACAACAGACUCUUACAACUCAGGAAUAACACAAACACUUAAACAAAUGGGCAAAAAAUCUGAAUGUUCAUUUCACAAAACAAGAAAUACAAGUGGCAAAUAAGUACAACAAAAAGAUGAGCAGCAUUGUUACUCAGCAGGGAAGUGCAAAUUAACAUCACAAUGAAAUACCACCCUGUAGUGGCCAGGAUAAAACUCAAAGGCCAACCCUUGGCAAAGCUGUGGGACAACCUUGCUGGGGUGUCAAGGGGGACAGCCACUCUGGAAGAGAUUGGUGCUUACCACAGAACCCAGCAGUUCCAAUCCCAGGUAUGCACCCAAGAGGAAAAAAAAAACAUGUGUCCACACAAAGUUAGGUCUACACAUGCUUACAGCUUUAUUCCUAAUAGCCCGGAACUGGAAACAAAUAAAAUAAACAUCCAUCAACAGAAAGGAUAAACAAAACUGACAAGCUCACUGGUGGACCACCACACAGCAACAAGCAGACGUGGCACAUGCAGCAGAACUGCUGAAUCUUGAGAGCGUUUCAGUGAGGAAAGGAGACCGGAAACAAAUGAGUUCCUGUGCUGUGACUCCACUGAUGAUGAGGGGCACUAGGACACUCAGAGCUGCUCGGCUGAUGAGGGGCACUAGCACACUCAGAGCUGCUCGGCUGAUGAUGAUGGGCACUAGGACACUCAGAGCUGCUCGGCUGAUGAUGAUGGGCACUAGGACACUCAGAGCUGCUCGGCUGAUGAUGAUGGGCACUAGGACACUCAGAGCUGCUCGGCUGAUGAUGAUGGGCACUAGGACACUCAGAGCUGCUCGGCUGAUGAUGAUGGGCACUAGGACACUCAGAGCUGCUCGGCUGAUGAUGAUGGGCACUAGGACACUCAGAGCUGCUCGGCUGAUGAUGAUGGGCACUAGGACACUCAGAGCUGCUCGGCUGAUGAUGAUGGGCACUAGGACACUCAGAGCUGCUCGGCUGAUGAUGAUGGGCACUAGGACACUCAGAGCUGCUCGGCUGAUGAUGAGGGGCACUAGGACACUCAGAGCUGCUCGGCUGAUGAUGAGGGGCACUAGGACACUCAGACCUGCUCGGCUGAUGAUGAUGGGCACUAGGACACUCAGAGCUGCUCGGCUGAUGAUGAGGGGCACUAGCACACUCAGAGCUGCUCGGCUGAUGAUAAUGGGCACUAGGACACUCAGAGCUGCUCGGCUGAUGAUGAGGGGCACUAGGACACUCAGACCUGCUCGGCUGAUGAUGAGGGGCACUAGGACACUCAGACCUGCUCGGCUGAUGAUGAUGGGCACUAGGACACUCAGAGCUGCUCGGCUGAUGAUGAGGGGCACUAGGACACUCAGAGCUGCUCGGCUGAUGAUGAUGGGCACUAGGACACUCAGAGCUGCUCGGCUGAUGAUGAGGGGCACUAGGACACUCAGACCUGCUCGGCUGAUGAUGAUGGGCACUAGGACACUCAGAGCUGCUCGGCUGAUGAUGAUGGGCACUAGGACACUCAGACCUGCUCGGCUGAUGAUGAUGGGCACUAGGACACUCAGAGCUGCUCGGCUGAUGAUGAUGGGCACUAGGACACUCAGAGCUGCUCGGCUGAUGAUGAUGGGCACUAGGACACUCAGAGCUGCUCGGCUGAUGAUGAGGGGCACUAGGACACUCAGAGCUGCUCGGCUGAUGAUGAGGGGCACUAGCACACUCAGAGCUGCUCGGCUGAUGAUAAUGGACACUAGGACACUCAGAGCUGCUCGGCUGAUGAUGAGGGGCACUAGGACACUCAGAGGUGCUCGGCUGAUGAUGAUGGGCACUAGGACACUCAGAGCUGCUCGGCUGAUGAUGAUGGGCACUAGGACACUCAGAGCUGCUCGGCUGAUGAUGAUGGGCACUAGGACACUCAGAGCUGCUCGGCUGAUGAUGAGGGGCACUAGGACACUCAGAGCUGCUCGGCUGAUGAUGAGGGGCACUAGGACACUCAGAGGUGCUCGGCUGAUGAUGAUGGGCACUAGGACACUCAGACCUGCUCGGCUGAUGAUGAUGGGCACUAGGACACUCAGAGCUGCUCGGCUGAUGAUGAUGGGCACUAGGACACUCAGACCUGCUCGGCUGAUGAUGAUGGGCACUAGCACACUCAGAGCUGCUCGGCUGAUGAUGAUGGGCACUAGGACACUCAGAGCUGCUCGGCUGAUGAUGAGGGGCACUAGGACACUCAGAGCUGCUCGGCUGAUGAUGAUGGGCACUAGGACACUCAGAGCUGCUCGGCUGAUGAUGAUGGGCACUAGGACACUCAGAGCUGCUCGGCUGAUGAUGAGGGGCACUAGGACACUCAGAGCUGCUCGGCUGAUGAUGAUGGGCACUAGGACACUCAGAGCUGCUCGGUCUGCAGUGGCAGAAACCGGGCCGGGGGCUUGAGAGGGCAGCGGGGGCUGCCUGCAGAGCACAGGGACUUUCU